AGAGUUCAACAAGUGUAGCCGUUAAGGGUUAAAGUGGGUCGGACCGUGAAAUCGGAGACAUUUCCUACGAUGAAUUAGCUCCGCUGAGGUUUGGACGUGACGUUUAUGAGCUCUUUGUUUAACCCUGCUGAUUUUAACAGGUGGGUUUAUGUGGUUAGAACUACAGUGGACGUUUGUGUCACCGUGAAGGUAGGAGGCAAGAAAGAAAAAAACAACAACAACCGCUGCCAGCGGUGCGUCGUGCUGCGCACGGUCCUCAGGACGCUGCGUCAUGGCGACAGCGGCGGAGAAUCCAGUCAUUUUCUAAUCCAGGUUUCAGGAAGAUGUGUCCGUCUGCUGUCAGAUGAAUAAAAGUCCUGACAUGGACUCCUCUCCCCUCCUCUCCUGUGUUCCCAGUAUGGUGGAUUACAGUGUAUCAAUGCGCCAGCAGAGGCCACAGACUCACACAGAGGUGGUCCCGUUUAAAAUGGAGCAGCUCGCUCUGAUGACAGUCCUGGAGUGUCCUCUGUGUUUGGAGCAACUCGAUUUUUCAGCCAAGGUUCUACCCUGUCAACACACCUUCUGCAAGGCCUGCCUGCAGAGGCAGGAGUCUGCCGCUCAGACCCACCAGCUGCUCUGCCCGGACUGCGGUGACCCGGUCCCAGCCAGGACGGUAGAUGAGCUGCCCACCAACCUCCUGCUGGUCAGGCUCCUGGAGAGCCUUCAGGGUUCCGCGGGCCCGAGCGGCAACAGACAGAGCGGCCGCUACUCAGCGCCUGUGGCUCGAAGCGGUACCACAAUCUGGGAGAGUCAGCCGCAGCAGGAGGGUCAACAUAGGGAGACACAAGGGCACAGUGAGCUUUCAGUCAGGGCUUCGAUCCGUAACAAGCGCAGAGACACUACGGGAAAGCUGGCCUUCAUGCAUGGAAACAGUACUGCUCCCAAACACAAAGUGGAAGAGAGCUGGCACCAAGGAAGUGCAGCUGACAGUAGCUGUGUGUCUGUGUCUGCUGUGAACCAGAUGUCUCAGCUGCAGCCCCUGCAGCAGUCCCCAUCACUGGCUCUCUGCAGGGCGCUCUGCAACUUUAAUCCGGAAGAGAUGAAUCUGGAAGACAGUAAAUAUUGCCUCAGCUUCCUCAAGGGAGAUGUCCUCACAGUCAUCAGACGGGUGGAUGAACACUGGAUCGAAGCCAAGCUUUUUGACAAAGUUGGACUCUGCCCUCUGCAGUUUACAGAGCGCCGCCUGCCUCCAGGAAUUAACUUCAGCCGUGUGUGGGAAGAACUGUGUUUGUUACCACAGUGGGUUUCUGCCUGCUUCUGCCACUCGUCACCUGUCAUCUGUAGUCAACAUCCCUCUCUCUUUCAUGAGUCCUCCCCUCCUCUUUUGCCUCCCUUUAUCUCCCGCUCAGCCUUUUCUCCAGUGAUGCUCGUCAUCUUUUUUCUUUUUCUGCCUCCAUUCUUUCAUCCUGUACUUUUCCUCCUCUCUCCUGUCCUUCCUGAGCCCGCCUCUCCUCGUGUCGUGCAGCCAGGCGUAAAGACACAUGACUCAGACGAAUUUCACAAUCCAACAGGGAAAGGGAGCAAAGACAAGGCCACAGGGACCACCCACUACGGAGUCCCUCAACUUUCAGCCAAGACACCACCCAUCAGUGCACUGCCCCUGCCCAGCCAGCGGAAACAACCAGCAGUAAUCACCAGCAACUUUCACCAAAGGUCCAAAGGAGAGGCGAACAACGUCGGCAACACCAACGGCUUCCACCGCCACGGUCAGCCACACCGCCUCUCCCUCUCCUCCACGGCCAGGGGCCACUCACACCCCUCCAGGGUGAACUCUCAUCGAAUCAAGCGCCACUCUGAAAGUUCGCACAGACACCUGUUACAGAGAGAGAAGAUGGCCGGUGAGACUCCACCCACCAUAUCCAUGGCACUGGUGAACCCUCAGUUGUCCUCCGCCACUGCUGACGGUAGAAACUCCUCCACACAGCAGCUUUCCAUCAGCGUGUGUGCCGUCCUGUACUCCUACAAACCCCGUCGUUCGGAGGAGUUGGAGUUGAGGAAAGGGGAGAUGGUGGGGGUGUACGGGAAGUUUAAGGAAGGCUGGCUGCGUGGGUUAUCCCUCAGAACGGGCAAAGUGGGAAUUUUACCCAGCAAUUACAUCACACCUGUGCUGAGAACUUCGGCCAGACUCCUGGAGAACAAGGCAGCGAGUGCGUCCUCACAGUAUAACAUGGCAGCGGGGAAGAAAACUUCCAUUACCAAGAACCCUGCUGGGGUCCUCGCUCUGGACAGGACCAACAGUGAUGGAGCGCUGCAGCUAACAGGACAAGUCCCAUCUGUGCCAAACGGAGCGCAGCAUGGAAUGUCAUCCUCUGGCACCGGAAACCCGUCUGCCUACGGUCGAUCGCAAGGUUGGGACACAGUCAGACGCAUUUUUAACCCUCACAGAGGAUCAAACCACUUCUCCCAUACAUCUAUGGAUGUGCCGUCCAAUUCACAGCACUUUACAAAACUCCAAACAUCCGGAUACUCACCAGCAAUACAGAAAAAAAACUUCAGGAGCUUCCUUUUCAACUCCAACAGCAGGCCGAUGACGGGAUGGAUGACUGAGCCCGCAGCGCCCUCUGUUGCUACAUUCCAGAAGGACCGGGAAUACGCCGCUUUACAGGAGGCGUCUGGUCCGCUCGAUAAACCUGCUACAAAUGGGCCUCAGUCCAUCCUGGUCAGACCUGAUUCAAACAAGACCAACACGGAAAAGCCCGCAAAGUCAGUGCGGUUUCUCACAGACGACGACUCCCCUCUUCCACGGCCUAGAAUCUCCUCCUGGUCCUCUGGAAGUCAGGUCCCUAGUAACAGUCACUCAGGGCCUCCGUUGUUAGAGGUUUGGGCCCCGUCACUCACUCUGGGAAGAGACGGUCCAGGCAUCAUACUGAAGGAAGGAAAAGCACCUGUCCUACGGAAAGGCAUUGACACAACGGUGUCAGACCUAAACUCAAACCUACAAAAGCCAAUAUGCACACCACUGUCAGCUGUGUCAGCACAAUUCAGCCCCAGCAGGCACAGAGUGGUCUCAUCACACCUAGCCCAGACGGACUCCGAGCUCAGCCUGCUUCAAGGAGAGAUCGUCCUGGUCCACAGACCUCGGCCUGAUGGACGCGUCCUGGUCACUCAUGAGAGCAGCGGGCAGACGGGGUUGUUCUACAGCAGUGUUCUUCAAGCCCUGGAGAGGCUCAGCUGACUGUGUACUGCAGUACCACUCUAGUCACCUGUAUCUCUGUAGUCUGUCUUCAAACUGCCAAAUGACAAUCUUGGAAGGGAGAUGUUUAUUUUUUUUGUCCUGGGGUACAUACAGUAUGAGAGUGUGGGUGAAUUCUCCAGGGGUAUACAGUAUUUUGCGUCCUUCAACAUGUGGGCGUGGUAGUGACACGUGCACCAUGUGAUAUGCUUAGGAGAUUUUGCACAAAAACCCACUUCAUGACUGUUCCUUGUUUACUGCCCCAUGUUAACACAAAUUGGUGAGUGCCUUUGUUUAAACCCGCUUAGUACACAAAUGUAUUUUAAUAUAUUUGGAGAAACUAUGCUGUAAGAUAUCUGUAAUGCUUAUGUGGCAAUAAAUUGUGCUAUUAGGAAA